GCUCGCAUGAGAAUGGUUUCAUGGAAGAUCUGGAUAAAACCUGGGUGAGAUAUCAGGAGUGUGAUUCCCGCAGCAAUGCUCCAGCUACACUGACCUUUGAGAACAUGGCAGGUGUUUUUAUGCUUGUAGCAGGAGGAAUUGUAGCUGGAAUUUUUCUAAUAUUCAUUGAAAUAGCUUAUAAAAGGCAUAAAGAUGCUCGAAGGAAACAAAUGCAGCUUGCAUUUGCAGCUGUAAAUGUCUGGAGAAAGAAUUUACAGCAGUAUCAACCAUCAGAUUUAGCGGGACAGUUAAACCUGCCAGACCCUUCUGUUAGCACUGUGGUCUGAAGCUAUGUGGUGCGAUUAAUGGACAGCCACAGUGGUUAACAGGAUGUGCGAGAUUAGACUGGAUGGCUAAGCUGGUGCAAAGGAUGCCCGCUCAGUUCUGCAACAUCAGCAGCAGCAUUCACCUUUUCCAGAAAACCUCUUUCUCUCUUCUUUACACUCCACCUGUCACCUGACAUGUAAAACAGUGUUGAGUGGGUCUGAAAGAAUGCAAGUUGAGCUCUCACUACUUUGCCAAGCACUAACGUGAAGUACAAUAAGUAGUCCUGAUGUCAAGCAAGUCUGAAAAUUACUAAGUGGAAGAAAGCAAGUGACAAACUCAGUUGUAUGAAUGUUAACUGUCCUGAAAGAGACAUGCAUCAGUAUAUAUA